AUGAAGACCGACAACUACCUCACUCUCUGCCUCGAGCAGGCUGCCAAGUCUCCGCUCCACUACCGCCACGGCGCCAUCAUCGUGCGCGGCGGCAAGGUCAUCGGACAAGGCCACAAUGACUACCGCCCGGGUUACGACGGCGGCGCUCUCAAGCAUGGCCGCAUCGCCAAAGGCACCCUCCACGGACCCGCCAUCGCCAGCCUGAAGGAGAAGCUGAAGAAACAAAAGGACAAGCCAAAGGAGAGGCAGCAGCAGUAUCGAACGUCUCCCACCCCCCCCCGAGCCCACUUUCAUCCCCUUCGAAAGCUCCGGCGGCGGUCCUCACGCCAACACCCCGCUCUCCAUGCACUCCGAGAUGAUGGCCAUCCACAGCGCCCUCUCCACCUCUUCAACCCUGUCCUCGACGGCGUCCUCCGCGACUACGCCGCGAGCUGCUCGCCGCCUACGUCCACACCGUCUGCGCGACCAGCCCCCGCACCGGCCGGGAGCAGGUUCAAGAGUGUGGUUUUGAAGCUGCCGCAUUUGGACCAGACGGUGAGGGAGCGGGGGCGCUGCAACGACAACAAGGGGGAACGGGGGGACGACACCAACGGGGAGGACGAGGAGGAGCUGCGCGAGUUGAAGGAGAAGGGUCGGGCGUUUCACGGGCACGUGGGUGGAGAGAAACAUCAUCAGAAGGGGAAGAGGAAAGGGACGAAGAAGGGUGGGCGGAAUCAGAAUGGGUGUCAGUACGAGGGGUACGGCCGGUGUGGACAACAGAUACAACAGGAUGCGGUACAACAGGUGUCUGCGUCUAGUGGGUCUGCGGAGUAUGUGAUACGAGGGUAUGAUCAGCAGGGAUAUGGUAUUGAGGGUAUGACUGCGCCGGCAAAGCUUGUGAAGCAGUAUGGCAAGGCUGAGAAGGACUAUAAGAGGUCAGGCAAGAUGAGGCCGAAGCUUGACGAGACAGGGCAGCCCGCGCCAUUGCUUCUACCAAAAGGCAACACCGGAACCACAAGCAGUUCGGUCAAUGACCGCAAGAAGAGUCCGAGACUAAAGGGUGCUGAUAUCUAUGUGACUCGGCUGGGCUGGUGCAAAGGACCGGCUCAGACUCCACGGACACGUGCUGCGCCCGCCGUGGCUCCCGUAGAAGCGCACCCUUCUCCUACCGACUCCGAGGAUCUGUCUUCCAGCACGUCCUCCCUGACCUCAGGCUCCCUGCACGACGAGCUCAUCAACCGCGACCCCUCGCCCAGCCCCUCCACCCAGCCCAAACCUGCCGACACAGCCGGCAACACGCAGCUCGUCCGCGCCUCCCGCCCCUGCUACCGCUGCAUCUCAUACAUGCACUCCGUCGGCAUCAAGCGCGUGUUCUGGACAAACGACGCUGGCGAGUGGGAAGGCGGGAAAGUUCGCGACUUGGUCGACGCGCUGGAUUGUUCGAUGGAGAGCGUGGCGGCUGGUGAGGGGGACAAGGGCGGGCCAAUGGGGAAUGGGGUGUUCGUUACGAAGCAUGAGGUGUUGAUGUUGAAGAGGAUGAUGGGGCAGCAGGGUGGAUGA